AUGGAAGACUCCAACCAGACGGCUGAGAAUGGAUUCAUCCUCCUUGGUCUGUCGACCAUCCCGUACCUUCAAGCUAUUUUCUUCUCCCUGUUUCUGGCUAUGUAUGUAGCCACUCUAGUUGGAAACACUUUGCUUAUUGUAGCUGUGAGACUAAAUACUCAGCUCCAGACCCCAAUGUAUUUCUUCCUCAGUAAUCUCGCCUUCAUUGACAUCUGUUUCUCCACCACUAUAGUGCCCCAACUUUUGGCAAACACUUUAGUUGAGGAUGGAAGAAUUACUUUACUGGGGUGUGCAGCUCAGAUGCUCAUAUCUACAUCUCUCGGUUCAGUGGAAUGUCUGUUGCUGGCAAUCAUGUCCUUCGACCGAUACGCAGCUAUCUGUAAACCAUUACACUACAAUGUUAUCAUGAGCAAGAAACUGUGCAUCUCUCUAACAACUGGAUGCUGGACAGUCAGUUUGAUAAAUUCCUUUGUCCAUGUUGUCCUAAUUUUUAAAAUGCCAUUUUGCAGAUCUCACCAUGUUAACCACAUUUUUUGUGAGGUGCCUUUAUUUUUUCAAUUGUCUUGCGCAGACCCCUGGUUUAAUGAGAUUGCAAUGUAUGUCUCAACUGUUAUUAUUGUAACAUGUUCCUUUUUGCUAACACUAGUGUCCUAUAUUCACAUUAUUUCCACAAUAUUAAUGAUCCGUUCUUCUGAGGGACGGCAUAAAGUUUUUUCGACCUGCGCUUCUCAUCUUAUCGUGGUCAGUCUCUAUUACACCCCAAUCAUGUCCAUGUAUCUACGCCCACAUUCCGCGUACUCUCCCGAAACAGACAAAGACAUUUCCCUUCUCUACACCACGGUUACACCAAUGCUGAAUCCCAUUGUCUACAGCAUCAGAAAUAAACCUGUUAAAGGCACCAUAAAGAGAAUAUUAACUAGGAAAAGGCACAGCUAA